AUGCCACCGCCAAAAGCCGUAUCGGCGCAUACAUCCUCACAACAAAAGAGGCCUCAACCUUCCGCAACAUCGUCACGCGAAGGUAAAGCAUCUUCUUCAUCACAGCAAAGUAGAACGCAAACGUCUGCCCGUGGUGGUGCAAGUGAAGGUGAGCCAAGACCUAGCUCAAGACUUGCUAAUGAGAAAAAGAAGGAUUACAAAGAUCCUCCUUUCAUCGGUCCUUGGAAAUUGGGCAAAUUGAUCGGUCAAGGUGCCAGCGGUCGCGUUCGUCAUGCUGUUAACACAUCAACCGGAUUGCAAGCAGCAAUCAAAAUUGUACCAAAACAAAUUUUAGCCCACAGUAGGAUGAGCAUCGGAGAUGUGACUGCAAAACAAGAUAAGAUGACACUUGGAAUAGAGAGGGAAAUCGUCAUUAUGAAAUUGAUCGAACAUCCAAAUGUGCUCGGUUUGAUGGAUGUAUACGAAACCAGCAAAGAGCUUUACCUCAUCCUCGAAUACGUUGCUGGUGGUGAAUUGUUCGAUUACCUCGUUUCAAAAGGUCGUUUACGUGCGCCCGAAGCUCGCGCAUACUUCCGUCAAAUCAUCUUCGGUCUUCACUAUUGUCAUAGCUUCAACAUCUGCCAUAGAGAUUUGAAGCCCGAGAAUCUUCUUCUAGACGGUAGCAAGAGAAUGGUCAAAGUUGCCGAUUUCGGUAUGGCAGCCUUGCAACCUAACGAAAAGAUGCUAGAAACCAGUUGCGGUUCUCCCCAUUACGCUUCUCCGGAGAUUGUAAGCGGAAAAAGUUACAAAGGAACUGCAAGCGAUAUUUGGAGUUGCGGUAUCAUCCUCUUUGCCCUUCUUUGUGGUCGUUUGCCUUUUGAUGAUCCAAACAUUCAGACUCUUCUCGGAAAGGUCCGCUUGGGCAAGUUCGACAUGCCCGAUUAUCUUGAAAGAGAUGCAAAGGAUUUGAUCUCGAAAAUGCUAACAGUCGACCCAGAAAAGCGCUUGAAAAUGCGCGAUAUCAUGAGACAUCCUUGGUUCACCGACAAUGGUCAACUUUCCAGUACUAAUCCUGUUUCGACUGAUCUAGACAAAUUGGCCGAAGAAGAGCUUGACAUGAACAAUUUGGAUAUGGAUAUCUUGAGCAACUUGAAGACCUUAUGGCCAGAAUUUUCACAACAAGAUAUUAUCGAACAAUUGAUGAGCAAAGGUCCAAAUUGGCAAAAGACCUUUUACUCCCUCUUG